UAGACACGUGUCUGUUGACGUGGAUGUUGGCCUGGCGCUCCCCCAUCUCCUUCUCCUCCUCCUCUCUCCCUCCUGUUUUCCUUUCUUUUUUUCUUCUCUCUGCAGAAUAACAGGAGGCCAUUUGUGUUUUCUGUGUUCGUUUUCUCUUCUUCACACCCAGAGAGAGAGAGAGAGAGAGAAAGAGAGAGAGAGAGAGAGAGAGAGAGAGGGAUUGUGCGAGUUAAGGAAUGCAGAGGCUGUGAGUUUCAGCCAUGCGCUUUCUGUGAGCUGAUUGGAUUUUUUUGUGUGCUCAAUUGAAAAUCGAAGUGUGAGCAUUUGGUGCACCCACCAGCUGCUGUUUUGUUCUCCUGAAGGGCAGGGUUGCAGGACUGAUCCGUGAUUCGGGAGCCGGAGUGAAGGUAUGUCUGAUUUAGGGUUGGAAAUAAAGGAUUUUCGUAGUGAAUUCUUGUCUCCCUAUUUGGUUGGUGAGAAAAUGCAGAACGGUGGAGAGAGUUCUUUUUCGUUCUUCUGUUUCAUAAAAUUCGGGAGAAUUUUAAAAACGGAUUUCUAUUGUGGAGAAAUAGGUUUUUCCCUUCUCUUCCCUCCCCUGAGCCCCCGCCGUGUGUUUGAGGUGGCGAACAGUAGCUAAAAGCUUCAAACCCUACCUGAUCUCGCUAGUUUUUUGUCGUAAAUCUGCAAUUCCUUCUCGGUUUCUCACCUCUACCCUGUUCUGUGCCUCCUUCCGUCUAUUUUAUUCUCCUUCUCGAAUCUGGCGGCGAGUGUGUGAGGGCCGCGAGAGAUUCAGGAGAUGCAAUUCUGGCGUUUUUCAGAUUUGGGAUUUUGCAAUUUGCAAAGGAGCGUUUGGGAAUUAAAUUAGCCAGCUAGGCGAAUUUUUUGAGCCAGUGUUCGUUAGGGAUUCAAGGGUAUUCCUGUCUUUUAGUUGGGUGGACAUAGGUUGCGAGAUGGAUUUCAUGAAGCUUAAUCGCAUGUAUCUAUCACUUUACAGUCAGCCAGCGUGGUGGUGGAAAGACACUACUACCCUUUCUAUCUAGGGAAAUCUCAAACAUUUCUGGUUUUCUACUCUGCUUCUUCUGCUGCGUUCUGCCCUAUUCUGCAUCUGUAAUUUCUACUUGGUGGUAAAUCUUUUUGGUUAUGGGGGGAAGGUACGGAUUACCCUUAAAUUUUCUCUUGUUAAGGUUAGAGGCACGCUGUUUGUCAAACCCUUGUUUUGAAUUUCCAUCAAUUGAAUCAAAGGUGACUGCUUUCAACAAUCGGCCCCUCUUUUCCGUGUGCUUGAGUUUGGUUGACUAAAGUAGGUCAAGUUUCUUGCAUAUUGUAGAGAUGAUUUACCAAAUAUUCACGCUUUAAAGCUGUGUUGCUAUUGGUUGGUCUAGAUUCAGAUCUUUCGACCUGGUCAGCAGUGUUUUUUACCGUCUGUUGUUUUGUCUGCAAUACUAUUGCGCAGUUUCUUUAUGCCAUUUGCUUAUUCAUACUUCUGGUUCAUGUUUGUUCAUCAAUCUUGUCAUAUUUGACCUCCAGGAAGGUGAAUGAGUAGUUCUGAGACCUGAAGGUGAUAAAAGGGUUUCUUUUUGGUGCUUGACCAUGGGAAACAACGAGGAGGGGAAGUCAUCCUCCAAGUCUGAAAAAUCAUCUUCACCUCCUCCUACUGCGCCAGCGGAGCAAACUAAUAUCCAUGUGUAUCCUGACUGGGCAGCUAUGCAGGCUUAUUAUGGCCCCCGAGUUGCUCUUCCUCCAUAUUACAACUCACCUAUGGCAUCAGGUCAUCCUCAUCAUCCAUAUAUGUGGGGUCCGCCACAGCAUAUGAUGCCGCAUUAUGGAGCCCCUUAUGCAGCUAUCUACUCGGGAGGAGUAUAUGCCCAUCCAGCUGUUCCAAUUGGAUCACAUCCACAUGCUCCCGGUGUUCAGUCAUCACCUACUGUUGCAGCACCUCCGAGUGUUGAAACUCCAACAAAGUCUUCAGGCAACACUGAUCAAAGUUUGAUGAAGAAGCUGAAAGGAUUUGAUGGGCUCGCCAUGUCCAUUGGAAAUGGUAAUGGUACUGCUGAGAGUGCUGAUGGUGGUGACCACAGGAUGUCCCAGAGUGCGGAGACUGAAGGCUCAAGUGACGGGAGCGAUGGGAAUACUGCUGGGGGAAGAAAGAGAAGUCACGAGGGGACUCCUACAAUUGGGGGAGACUUGAAAACUGAAUCCCAUGCGACAGAUGGUAGCAAUUCUUCUGAUAAGGGAGGGGUUGUAACUGCUGCAUCAUCAGGAAGGUCAGCUGGGCCUCCUGUUGGCAUGACAUCAUUGGACCUGAGAAAUUCUGCUGGCGUUCCACAACCUUGUACAGUAGUGCCAUCUGAGGCUUGGUUACAGUACCCAGCCGCGAAUCCGAAUGAAAGAGAACUGAAACGUGAGAGAAGGAAACAGUCCAAUCGAGAAUCUGCUAGGAGAUCAAGACUACGAAAGCAGGCUGAGACCGAGGAACUUGCACGUAAAGUCGAUGCCUUGAACAACGAGAAUAUGGCGCUGAAGUCCGAGAUAACUCAACUGAAGGAGAAGUCGGAUCAGCUAAAAGUAGAGAAUGCAACUCUAGUGGAGAAGCUAAAGAAUACGCAAUCAGGACAGGCACAGGAGAUAGCUUUGAACAAUGUGGAGGAGCCGAGGGGCACGGCUGAUAGUACAGAGAACUUGCUAUCGAGGGUAAAUAAUUCUUCAGCAGCUUGUGUAGCGGAAGAGGGAAAUGCUGCAGAGGACGGGAACCCGAAAUCGGGUGCUAAGCUGCGCCAGCUGCUGGACGCGAGUCCCAGGGCCGCCGAUGCUGUGCCUGCUGGUUGAUGAAACACAGCCAGCCCCAUCCCAGACAGGUUCAUAUCCUCUUUUUAUCUGUAGAAUUCGAUCUCACCUAUUUUUCGUUUUCAUUUUUCGAACGACUCUUUCUGAGGGGCAGAAGCAACCAAGAUAAUUCUGGCAUAAUUACAAGCCCAGAAUUAUUGCUGAGGGGUUGGCAGUAGAGAUGGAGUUAGAUGAACAGUAUGUUUCCGAGACUGAAGAAGUUUGGGGGAUUUCACUUGUAAGCUAACGCUACCGCUGCAGCGCUGUUAGAGAAACUAAUGUAAUUUUUAUUGAGAGUGGUGAGAGAUAAGGGAGGGGAGAGAGAUGAUUACUAUUACUAUUAUUAUUAUUAUUAUUAUUAGUGACCAUUGAGGAGUGGUUGUACAUUUGAAGCGAACCAACUGGCAUGGCCACCUUUGACGACCAUUUGUGCAAUCUGUGAACUUUUGCCACCGGUUAAUGCUUUCACUGGAUGGGCAGAUGGUAGAGUACUGGUAUUUCCCCGUAUUUGUAUAAACUCUUAUUAGAUUUGGUGGGAAUCAGUUUAUUAGAUUGAGGUUGAUCUUUAUUUGGAAUAAGUCACUCUGUAUCUUGUAGUUUUCCCCGUCUUCUAUUGUGGUUUGUUAAUCGGUUAUCCUUUGUUCGGUUGUGAUUGCGGUUAAAUCGCGAAUUAGAGAAUAUUGUUAACUGUGAUUCCAUAAAAGCCUUCUUAAUCGCAAACCAGAUGGUUUCGGUUUGGUUAGCAAAAUGGAUACCCGAACUGUAAACGUCCUUCAUAGCUAGUGCGAGAGACAUUGGACACCUCUAUCAUAAAUUAAAAGAAAAUAU